CAAUUGACAGGACAGCGCGCGACUCUCGAUAAUAAUUUACGCGCGAUAACUCGCGAAAUAUGUGUAUAAUUUUGCGGAUGAGUCGAAGCGCGCGGUUACGUUCGCGCGAUUAAUCUUCUUAUAUCCUUCGAUUCGAUAUAUUUUCAGUGUCGCAUUGUGUCCUCUCUGUCAUUUUCGUUACAAGAACGAUUGUACUUUUACGAGGAGAACGCGAGAGGGGAAAUCUAUAUUUAGAAACGCGAUUGCGGAAUAUUCAAUGUUUUUUUUCCGCCUGUGAUAUAUAUCGCAAUAAUAAAUUUCGUAACGUGACACAGAAACCUCUCUCUCUCUCUCUCUCUCUCUCUCUCACCGUGUGUACUCCGCCUGAAUAAUAAUUCGGAAUACGUAGAACAAAACACGCGCGUCUCAAGACACCCGUUGUGUGACAAAAGCGAACGCACAGUGCUCCGAAAUACCUUUUCCGUGCUCGAUGCUUUGUUUGCUCGACGAACAACGAAAUUCCUAGACGUACGUAUUAAAUAUCUAUGGACGGAGUUAUCUGCAAUCGCACAAAUCCAUUUGACACCUGCCGAAUUACGUAGGGCAUGGCAAGUUCAUGCUUCAGUGAUGUGGACGAAUAUGGUUUUGAACGACCACAUGAUUUUGAUUAUGAAACUUAUGAAGAUUUUAUGUCAGAGUACCUUAAGGUUCUCGCAAAAAUGGCCAAGAAAUGGGCAAAAAUUAUUGGCGAAGGAAAAUCAUUACAGAGAAGCAUUACUAUAAAGAAAUAUGUUCGUAAAGGUAUUCCAGGAGAACAUAGAGGAUUGGUAUGGCUCGCUGUGAGUGGUGGAGAAGAAAUAAGAAAUACAUCGCCAGACCUCUAUCAAAAAUUAUUGCAGUCUCCACAUAAUACAGAAAUUGCUGAAAUUAUAAAAACUGAUCUCCCAAGAACAUUUCCAGAUAAUAUAUUCUUUAAUAAUACAGAAAAUCAACAGCAUCAAUUAUAUAAUGUGUUAUUGGCAUUUGCUCAUCAAAAUAAAACUGUUGGAUAUUGUCAGGGUCUGAACUAUAUAGCAGGUUUACUUUUGCUUGUAACAAAAAGUGAAGAGACAGCAUUUUGGUUAUUAAAAGUGUUAAUUGAUAAAAUCUUACCAGAUUAUUACACACGCACUAUGGAUGGUCUACUUACUGAUAUCGAUGUGCUCGCAGAAUUAGUAAGGAUAAAAAUGCCUGAUGUUUAUCAGCAUGUAACAAAUAUAGGAUUGCCUUGGGCAGUAAUUACAACAAAAUGGUUUGUGUGUUUAUUCGCAGAGGUCUUACCUAUAGAGACUACUUUACGUAUUUGGGAUUGUCUCUUUUAUGAGGGUACCAAAAUUAUCUUCCGUGUUGCAUUAACGCUUAUAAAAAGGAAUAGGUCUAAUUUAUUAGCUUGUCAAGAUUUUACAACAUUAGCUGAAUGUUUCAAAGAAAUUACAAAAGACAGUAUUGUUUUACGAUGUCACGAGUUUAUGCAGAGUAUUUUUAAAGUACCUGGAUCACUGCCUGGUAACACAAUAACAAAACUAAGAACAAAAAUAACACGACAACGUAUAGAACAAAAGCAAGAUAAAUUAGGACGAUAGUAUUAUUGAUUGAAGUUUUCACAUACACCGAAAUAUUCUAGUCGUUAUGUUAUUCAUUUGCAUCUUUUGCAAAAUGAAUGCAUGUAAAGUUGUAUUAUAUAUAUUUUGUUACUGCAUAAUUAUUCUAUGCUCUAUUGCUGUAAAUACAAUGUUUCAAGGAAAUUAGCAACAUAAGAAAUUUUAAAAGGUACAUUUCAAUUACUCUAAAUUUAUUUUAGCUCAUUACUGUAUAUAAAUACAAUUAAAAAAACAAAU